AUGCAACACUCAAAAGGUUUUAAUCUAGAAGAAGAAUAUAAGAAGUAUAAGAACGUCCUUAAGGGAGCAAAGGAAGGAGAAGUCGUUACUCGUUUUCCUCCUGAGCCUUCUGGUUACUUGCAUAUUGGUCACGCUAAGGCUGCCUUGAUCAAUUAUCAUUAUUCAUAAAUUUACAAGGGUAAAAUGAUCUUCAGAAUCGAUGAUACCAAUGUUGAAAAGGAAAAGGAUGAAUAUGUUAACUCAAUUAUUGAAGAUUUAAAGACUUUAGGCGUAAAAUGGCAUGGUGAUAUCACUCACACUUCUGACUAUUUCGACUAUUUGAUCGAAAAAGCUGAAGAAUUAAUCAAAGAAGGUAAGGCUUAUUGUGAUCCUACUCCUGUUGAUUAAAUGAGAGAUGAAAGAUUAAAGAUGGUAGAAAAUGCCUACCGUAGUACUACCCCUGAAGAAAAUCUCAAGAUUUUCAGAGCUAUGUGCUAAGGACCCGUUGAUGGAGUCGAAGAAGUUAAAAAUGCUGAUGACUACUGUUUGCGUGCAAAAAUCGAUAUGAAGAGUCCAAAUGGCUCUUUGAGAGACCCUGUUUUAUUCAGAGUCAACGUUAAGCCUCACCACCGUACUGGAACCAAGUACAGAUGUUAUCCUACUUAUGAUUUCUGUUGUCCUCUUGUUGAUAGCAAAGAAGGAGUUACUCAUGCUAUGAGAAGUAACGAAUACUCUGAUAGAAUUCCCUAAUAUAACUGGGUCCUCUAAGCUUGUAAAGUUAGACCUGUUACCAUUUUUGAAUUUAGUAGAUUAAAUUUAUAAUACACUUUACUUUCUAAGAGAAAACUCUAAGAAUUUGUUGAUAAGAAAGUAGUUGAAGGAUGGGAUGAUCCUCGUUUCCCUACUGUCAAGGGUAUCAUCAGAAAGGGUUUGACUGUUGAAGCUUUGACUGAAUUUAUGUUAGCCUAAGGUCCUUCUAAGAAUACCAAUUUGAUGGAAUGGGAUAAGAUAUGGUCAAUCAACAAGUCUAUCAUCGAUCCUUUAUCUGGAAGAUUCUCAGCUCUUUCUUCUAAAAAUCUUUCCACCGUUGAAGUUACUAAUGUUCCUGCUGGUCACGUAGAACCUGUUGAAACUCCUCUUCAUCCUAAGGAAGAUCUUGGUAAGAAAGUUAUUUUCUAAUCCAGUAAGCUUUUGAUUGAUUACGAAGAUGCUGCUGCUCUUGAAAAAGAUUAAAUCGUUACUUUCAUGAAGUGGGGUAACUUCAAGAUCUUAGAAGUUGUUAAGCCUGAAGCUGGACCUGUUGCUGUUAAGGCUGAAUUCCUUCCUGAUAACAAGGACUUUAAGAAGACUGUCAAGCUUAACUGGAUUGCAGACGUUGAUACUGUUAAACUAAUUUUAGUUGAAUAUGAUCAUUUACUCAGAGAAAAGAAAUUAUUGGAAGAAAAGGAAAUGCCUUUCGAAAAAUAAUUAAACGAAGUAACUAAGUACGUUACUGAUGCUAUUGGUGAAACUGCUCUUAAGGAUGUUAAGCUACACUAAUACAUCUAACUUGAAAGAAGAGGAUACUACAAGGUUGAUAAAAUCCAUGAAAUAGAUGGUAAUAAGGUUCCUGAAUUAAUUUAUGUUCCUGAUGGAAAAACUAAGCCUGUCAUAAUUAAAUAAAAUUUUCUUAAAUCCCAUACUUUAUUAAACUUUUGA